CGUAAUCAUAACACUUCGUUUUCAGACUGUUGAUUAAUUGCCGAUUUAAAUUUACAUGAAAUGUAUUUACAAUUCGAAACGUGUUGUUAUUAGUUAUUUUGCUUCCUCAUGGUCGUUUUUAUAAAAAUUGCGGUUUGUAAAUGCAUUUAGUAUGUCGUCAACCAUCAACCCGCUCGCAAAUCCCAAAGGAGUAAAGACGCUUUGCGAACUUUGCCAGAAACCUGCAAAACUGCAGUGCACAAACUGUCGAGUCACGUAUUACUGUAACCCAGACCAUCAGCAGACAGACUGGACCAGUAUUCAUGAAAAAGUGUGUCCUCUACUGGUGUCCAUUCACUCACCUCCACCACUCCACACUUUGCAGGCCGACCGGGAACGUCACCACAGAGAGACCCUGAAGAAACAGGAGCAGCUAAUAGAGAUUGCACAUUUAGAGGCACAGAAAUGGGUGUCCAAGAAGAGUUUUCACCAUGCGAUACCAGCUGCCCUUCUGUUCCUGCGCUGGGCCAUGCGGCUGUACGGAUCUCAUCCUGUCAAACUGGUCCCAGCUUAUCUUCUGCUUGCACAGGCUAACAUAGGUUUAGAUUCUAUGUCCCAGGCUCGAGAGUAUCUCACUAAGGCUGAGUGGGCAGUAAUGAACACACCAGACUGCAAUCCCACUGUCCAUCAUCAGCUACAUAGAUCCCUGGGCCGCCUGCAUGCUGCUACAGGAAAAUACUCAUCUGCUCUCUUUCAUUUCUCCAAUGACGUGUAUUAUGCCAGUGAAGUGUUUGGGCUGGACAGCAUUGUGACAUUUGGAGGAUAUUUCCUCAUGGCGGAGGUGUUUCUUAAACAAAACAAGCCUGACGUUACCCGCUCGCUCUACACAGAGGUGGCAUGUUUCUGGCACACUCACCUGUGUAAGUUGAUGGAAGGGAUCAGUCAAAGUGGCAUUCAAGCAGAGGACUGUUUUGGUGAUGCCCAGUGUGUGGAGGUGGAUCAGAUGUUGAGAUGUAUUCUAGAGUUUGAGGAACAGUAUCAGAAACCACGUUCUGAUCAGUCAGCCUUAUUGGUUCAUUCUUUGGCAAUGCUGUGGUUGCUAUGCAACAACUACACCAAGGCCCUGGAAUAUGGAAAGAAGGCUGAGGUGUUGAUUCAGGGGUCAAGUGAGCAGAACAGUAUGAGAGAAUCCAUCCAGAAUCUCCUGCAUUAUGCUGAAAAACAUUUGCAAUAAAACUGCCAUGU